UGUAUUCUGCCGUUCGUUCCCCUCUCUCCCUCCUCCUCAUCGAUUCUUUCACACCCCCACCAGCCGCAGCAGCAAUCGCGCUAAUCGCCCCCGUUAAUCCCCUUCCAAAUCCGCGAUAUUCCCAAGCAUCUUCUCUUCCCCUCCCCCUCCCGCGCUAUAUCUCUCCUCCCAUUGCGCCGCACUGCUCCCACACGCUCGGAUUCCUGCUCGCUUUCUCCGCCUCCGCCUCGGAUUCCAUCGCCGCCCCUUUUCCUUCCUUCUUCCGUUGCCCGCCCGCCCAGGACUCUCCUUCGCGCUUCUUAGCCAGCUCCCCGCCCGCCCAGGACUCUCCUUCGCGCUUCUUAGCCAGCUCCGUCCUUCGCAAUUCUUCGCCAGCCGUCGGCGAGAGAGAGGGAAGGGAUCGCUCGUGACUUCGCUCACUCGGGACUCGGGAUCGCGCGGCGCCACCGUACCCCGCCUGGACAUGUGCGUGGAGGAGCUGGACGACGCAGCAGGGAGGCUCGGCUUCGGAGACCAGGAGAUCGACAGGCGCGCAGGUGCCGCGAUGGAGAGAGUUUGUGAGAACACGGUGUCUGUUGAGUUCAAGCAGACUAAGCUGAACAACUUUGUUCCGUUCAUCCGGUCAGGGGAUUGGUCUGAUAUUGGAAGUCGCGAUUACAUGGAAGAUGCCCAUGUGUGCAUCUCUGAUCUGGCAAAGAAUUUUGGCUAUAACUCGGUGGAUGAUGAAGUAAUUUCCUUCUAUGGGGUGUUUGAUGGCCAUAAUGGCAAAGAUGCUGCCCAUUAUGUCCGUGAUAACUUGCCACGGGUCAUCGUUGAAGAUGCUGAUUUUCCUCUUGAGCUUGAAAAGGUUGUCAAGAGGUCAUUUGUGCAAACUGAUAGUAAGUUUGCAGAGAAAUUCUCUCAUCAGAAGGGACUUUCUUCUGGAACGACAGCACUUACAGCAAUGAUUUUUGGAAGAUCCCUUCUGGUGGCCAAUGCCGGUGACUGCAGAGCGGUGCUCUCACGGCGUGGCACUGCCAUGGAAAUGUCCAAGGACCACAGGCCUUGCUGCAUCAAUGAAAGGAAGCGUGUCGAGUCACUUGGUGGCUAUGUUGAUGAUGGUUAUCUAAAUGGUCAGCUGGCUGUCACCAGAGCACUUGGCGACUGGCAUCUCGAGGGCAUGAAAGAGAUGGGUGAGCCAGGAGGGCCCUUGAGCGCUGAACCAGAGCUCAAGAUGGUCACGCUGACAAAGGACGACGAGUUCUUGAUCAUCGGCAGCGACGGCAUCUGGGACUUCUUCUCGAGCCAGAACGCUGUGGACUUCGCGCGGCGGAAGCUCCAAGACCACAACGACCUGAGGCUGUGCUGCAGGGAGAUUGUCGAAGAGGCGAUACGGCGGGGCGCCAGGGACAACCUGACGGCAGUGAUGGUCUCGUUCCACCAGGAUGCCCCUCCCCAGAGCAGAUGGAACAGGACUAGGGAAGGCAGCGUCGCACGGAGCAUAUCCGCCGAAGGGCUUCACAACCUCAGAGUGCUCCUGGAAGGCCAAUGACGCACGGUGGUGCCAUUGCUGCCGUUCAUUCCUGAUGUGUGCUACGUUGCUGAGUGUUAACUGUAAGUAGCGAUUUCCGGUAUCUUGGAGCUGUUAUUUCUUCCACGGUCAGUCGACAUGCCAGGGUGGGUCACUAUUCUUGUCCUUCAGAAUAAACCAACGAGCCUGAGAUCUCACUAACUGAUUGUGAGAUGCUGUAAAUAAUAUGAAUGUUGGAGCUAGUUAUUAAGGACGAGUUAGCAGUGUGCAUCCAGGGGGCUUUUGUGGCUCAGUAUGUGAUGUUUUUUCCCCUGAUUUUCUGUAAAUAAAAACAAUGAUUGGAAUUAUCGAUGUAAUCGAACUGGUGUUCUAUUAUGUGUGCUCCCCACCGAUUCAGAUCUA